UUUCCAGUGUUGGAGGACUCGCUGGACAUUAAAACUUCACUUUUCGGUUUCGUUUUUAGGAGUUUACCGGCAGAUGGCGUUAUGAUUUUCCUCCCUUACAUGAGAAGGAAGUAGCUGAACGAAAUAACACGGUAAUGAAAAUUUGAGACUAACUAAAGCGGAGGUGAGAACGAUAGUAGAGUGUAAGUUUUCUGUGUGUAUGUGGUUUAACUUUGACUUUAUUUAUACAGCGUUCCGUGAAAUCAGCUGCUUGGCCGGUUAGCGUCAAAUCGUUUAUUAGAGUGGAAAUCGCCUACAGGGUAUGUUAUGUUUUAGGGUGGGAAAGAAGCUGGGGACGAUGGGGCUCUCUCUCUCCGCCCCGCUGCGCUGUAACGUAUAAUAAAUACCUAUAUAAGCUAUUAAAGUAAUAACCUAGCCCGAAGAACUGCGAGGAGAAGCUGGUCAAAGUGACAACUCUAGCUUUAUCUAGGUUAAAUUGCUGUCAGGGUGUUUGGGGCCAUUAUAGCUAACCAGCUAAUAGUGAGCCUCAACCAUGGCGGAUAGCGUUGGAGAGGGGUCCAACGGCGCUGUUGGAGCGAGUCAGGGAGCUGGAGCCCAGUUGUCAGCGAGUUUGGGUCACUCUUUGCCGGGGCACUCGACCAGCGGAGCUAACCCGGCCUCCCCGCCUCCUGCCGCGGCUGCAGAGACUGGCCUAGCCGCGGUGCCUCCACCUGCUAUAGCACACAACAUCACCUCGGUCUUGGAGAGCGGACCCGGCGUCGCCGUGCUCAGCCACGCCGUGAGCUCCAGCAUCUCGGCCCCUGCGGCCGUGCCUCCCUCGCUCCCACCCAGCAUCGGCCUGGGGGUCACCGGGGCUCCGCCGAGCUUAGCCGGAGCCGGCCUUCUGUCCCAGAUUCACGCCACGUCCUGGGACCCCACUCUAAGCACAGACUGGGACAACGAGAAGGCUUCGCAGCAGUGCAUUCUCCGGAUAAAAAGAGACAUUAUGUCCAUCUACAAGGAACCUCCCCCUGGAAUGUUUGUGGUUCCAGAUCCUCAUGAUAUGACCAAGAUCCAUGCCCUUAUCACAGGUCCUUUUGACACCCCAUAUGAGGGGGGGUUCUUCCUCUUCCUGUUUCGUUGCCCACCUGACUACCCCAUCCACCCUCCACGUGUCAAACUCAUCACUACUGGUCACAACACAGUACGCUUUAAUCCCAACUUCUACCGCAAUGGUAAAGUCUGCCUCAGCAUUCUUGGCACAUGGACAGGACCUGCAUGGAGCCCCGCUCAGAGCAUCUCCUCAGUCCUUAUCUCCAUCCAGUCCCUGAUGACUGAGAAUCCUUACCACAAUGAGCCAGGAUUUGAGCAGGAGAGGCACCCAGGCGACAGCAAGAACUACAACGAGUGCAUUCGCCAUGAGACCAUGCGCGUGGCUGUCUGUGACAUGCUGGAGGGGAAGGUGCCGUGUCCCGAAGCCUUGUGGAGUGUGAUGGAGAAGUCAUUUUUGGAGUACUAUGAUUUCUAUGAAGGAGUCUGCAAAGAACGUUUGCACCUACAGGGACAAAACAUGCAGGAUCCUUUUGGUGAAAAAAGAGGCCGCUUCGACUACCAGGGUCUGCUCGCCCGUCUCGGCGCCACACAAAAGCGCUUGCGGGAGAAGUGUCCACCGGAGGACAAUGAUGGAGACUCGGACUCUGACACCAGCUCAUCUGGAACAGACCCAGACAGCCAGGGCAGCUCACAGCCAUAGAGCGGGCGCCCUCUAUAGGCUACAAUGCAGGAGUCAGAGAAAGCAGUUUGCUCUGGACGCUUUUCAGUAAGCAACAUACACAGAACUUGGAGAGAAGCUCCAGUAUCUGGUUGUGAAGCACAGGGGAUAGUUUACCCCUGCCCAGUUUCAUUUGAUUGAUUUUUCCUCUGUCUCUGUUCCUCUGCUAGCCAAUGGCUGCCUUUCAUUUUGUUUCUGUUUUCUUCUCUGAGAAAGAGAAGUCCAGUCAAUAGUGGAAAUGGGACUAGAAAGGUUGACAUUUGAGUGUUUGUGUGUAUAUGUGUUGAUGUACAUGCAAGCUCCUCAGCAGGUCAGCACACACUCUGCCUUUUUGGAGCACAUGUUUCUGUGCCCCCCUGCUCUUCACUUCUUCUGGUGGUCAGCCACACAAAGCAGAGGUAAGUUAAGAGUGACCGACACCUCACCCCAGAACAGGUCCUCAUACGGUUAGUGCACCUGUGCCACUCCUGCAAACGGUUUGUUAAUCUCUUCUCUUUCACUCAUGUCUUGACAGUAAUCAGCAUUUAUAUCUCCACAUUAAUUGAAUCAUUAAAAAAAUAUUUUGAAUAUUAUGAAUGGAGUCAUAAUUUCAACAUGAAUUCAUAAUGAAUUGCUUUACAUGAUCUAUGAAAAAGGAAAAAAAUGAUGCAACUAUAAAACAAAUGUAUAUACUUAAAUAUUGUGCAUAGAAAAGUUUUAUUUUAAUGUUAAAUGUGCAUUAAAUGCUUUUGAAUGGGUCUGGUGUGAUUGAUAUCCUUGGCCAGUAGACUGAUCAGUUGAUUUUCUCUUAUGGGAAGAGUCGUCCUGUGGGUGUUUUUCUGUUUGUACAGUCAAAGGACAUUGUCUGUUGUUUCAGCCUGAUUAAAUAUGUUAAAUAAGAACAUAAGGGCUCUCCUUUCUUUUGCAAUGGAUCUGAUGAGACAAAAGAAAAGCUUCAAACUGACCUCUUUUUUAUGACACAGACUAGUCUGCCUUUUCUGUCAUUAUUGGCCUAAAAUGUAUGAUUUAAUAAGAAAUGCCUGACACCAUUCCCAACCCCCAACCCCCCCCCCCCCCCCCCCUUUUUUUUUUUUUUUUUUUUUUUUUUUUUUUAUCUAUGAAGAUAAAAGUGGUCUCUUGUCUUGCACUGUACAAAACAUUCUUCUGUUGAUCUCCAGUAACCUGAAAUUGACUUCUUUGGGGAAAUGUAUCUGAUCACAGUGUAAACUUCAGAAAUGUAGGCAUUUAAAUUUUCUAAAUAGCAUUUGAUACUUCUUUAAAAAUCUAUCUUUUUCUUGUGGGCGAUGUGUGCAGAUGUGAAUAAAAACAAUUUCUUUAAGGGUUAAAUAACCCUCACAUGAUGUAAAACUUGUACAUCAGUUUAGAGUUUGUUUUUUGUUUUUUACAGCAGUGGUGUAUAACCAGGGAUGCAGAGUACUGGUACUACUAUGGGGUUGUUGUCCAUAAAUGUAUUUUUUUCUUUUCUGUAAUUCUAUAAAAUUUCAGAUACUGGGCCAGUUUUCUAGGCUGGGAUUAAGCCUAGUCUUGGAUUACACAUCAUUUUGAAUGGAGAUUUUCCAUUGAAAGAAGAACAUGUGCUACAACUAAGAUUAAUCCUGGUGUGCGGAAACUUCAUUAUGUCAGUUAUAUGCAAAACUAUAAGUGCAGAAUUGUAUGUAUGAUGCACUUAUUGAUUGGUCUGGCAGGAUAUAGCAACAUGACUGACACAGCUAGCUGGUGGAUUAGCAGGCUAGUUAAAUUAACACCUAAGUAUCUAAGCCUGAUUAAAACAUUUCUAUGUUACUGUAGGAGUUUUGCCCAUAUUGAAUAAAUGUUUAAAAUCAGAGUCUUUCAAUAAACUUCCUGAGGCCUA